UUGUGUUUUUCGUGUUUACAGUUAUUUACCUCAGAAAUACGGCACUGAAGUUACAAAAUGUGUCUUGGAAACUUCUGGAAAUCAGAGGUCAGUUUGAUUUUGUUGCUAAGCAACGAGUCAACAAAAAAACAACAGGCUGAAGGCAGAGGCAACAUGUCGUCCAGUUACUCGGCAAACCAGUAUGAGAGCGCCUUCAGGUCUCAGAAGCUGCAGAACUGGUGUGAGACGAAGCGGUUCAAAGAGAGACCCACUGCACAGGAGGGACACACCACCUUCAUAGCCGAUGAUAGAGGACACCUGCUGCCAGGUUUGGUGAAGGGAGGCAGUGCGUGGCCGGACUUUAAGGGGACCUGGGAUCUACCUGCCCGUAUCCCGGCCCGACACGUCAACCCCACGGGCCGCUCCGAGGAGGGUCUGAGAAGGCUGAGGUCCUGGGGGUUCGACUCCCAACACACAGGGAGGUCUCAGACACACACAAGCAGCAGGACCUCAGACGCAGGGGAGCAGAGGGAUAACAGUGUUCACCCUCCAUCAUCUGCAGCUAAAGCUCGACCGGCGUCUCAGAGCUGCCCCGUUACUGGAGGAAGCCAGAAACAGGACUGUGAGACAGCCGAGAGUCGACCCGCUGAAGCUGCAGAGGAGAAACCAGCUGUGAGGUCUGCAGCGGAGGAGAAACCAGCUGUGAGGUCUGCAGCGGAGGAGAAACCAGCUGUGAGGUCUGCAGUGGAGGAGAAACCAGCUGUGAGGUCUGCAGCGGAGGAGAAACCAGCUGUGAGGUCUGCAGUGGAGGAGAAACCAGCUGUGAGGUCUGCAGCGGAGGAGAAACCAGCUGUGAGGUCUGCAGUGGAGGAGAAACCAGCUGUGAGGUCUGCAGCGGAGGAGAAACCAGCUGUGAGGUCUGCAGCCUCACAGAGAAGCAGCAGCAGAGCCCACGGUGUCACAGGGAGAGGAGGGAGUGAUGCGGCACAGAAAGUAGUCCCCACAGGAACACCAUCGUCUUCCAAACAGAGACAGAUGCACAGAAUGACCAAUAAUCUUUAAACUCAUCUCUUGGAGAGUCUCUUUGUGCAGUUUGGACUCAUCAUAACAUCACUGAUUGUUUUGCAGUAGUUUGAAGUUAUGAAUCAAUAGUGUAUGAAUAUCUUUAAUAAAUGACUGAUUUUAAACGUUAUCCUCCUUCCUCCUCCUGAGUGUCCUGUUUUAUGAUGCGUCUCCAUGGUGACACUCAGAGUCUGAGCUGCU